AAACCUUGGACUCUAAGACAAGAACCUUGAAAAAAGAUCAUUAAUUUCUCGACUUAUAUAGCUGUUUAUUCGAUCAUGGAGUAGGAGUACACCAUUCAUCUUUGACAACCAAUCAACAACUUGGUCAACCAUCCCUUCCUCUCUAGUCUCUUCUCCAUCCAGAUUCCAAGCUCCAACAAUGUCUGUAUGCUGCUGUGGAGUAGAAUGUGUUGUCCUCAUAGGCUUUGCUCGUUGGGCAUGGAAACGCUGUACUUACAUUGGUUCGAACGACAGUUCUACUUGGCCGUCAGCUACUCCUCAUGAAUUCGAACCCAUUCCUCGAAUUUGUCGUACUAUUAUGUCUGUUUAUGAAUCUGAUAUCAAAAACCCUCUUUCCGCCCCACCCGGUGGUUACCGGUUAAACCCAGAUUGGUUCAUCAAACGGGUCACUUAUGAACAAACUAAAGGACAAGCUCCUCCUUAUGUUAUCUAUCUUGAUCAUGAUAAUCGUGAAAUUGUUCUUGCUAUUCGUGGGUUAGAUCUUUGGAUGAAAUCUGAUUAUAUGAUUUUGCGUGAUAAUCGGCUUGGUGGGCAGAUGUUUGAUGGUGGGUAUGUUCAUCAUGGUUUAUUGAAAUCUGCUGGUUGGUUGUUGGAUCAGGAAUCUGAGACUUUAAAGAAGUUGUGGGUUGAGAAUGGAAAGUGUUAUAAGAUGGUUUUUACUGGACAUUCUUUAGGGUCUGGUGUUGCUUCAUUGAUAACUAUUUUGGUUGUUAAUCAUGGGAAUAAACUUGGGGGUAUUCCUAGAAAUCUUGUUACAUGUUAUGCUAUUGCUCCUGCCAGAUGUAUGUCACUUAAUUUGGCUGUCAAAUAUGCUGAUGUUAUCCAUUCUGUCAUUCUUCAGGACGACUUUCUACCAAGAACGCCCACUCCAUUAGAAGAUAUCUUCAGUUCAAUCUUCUGUUUGCCCUGUUUGAUGUUUUGGAUUUGCUUGAGAGACACCUUCAUACCAGAAGAUUUGAAGCUUAGAGAUCCAAGAAGACUAUAUGCUCCUGGACGAAUGUACCAUAUUGUAGAAAGGAAGUUUUGCAGAUGCGGAAGGUUUCCUCCAGAAGUAAGAACAGCUAUUCCAGUUGAAGGCAGAUUUGAGCAUAUCGUGCUGUCCUGUAAUGCUACAUCUGAUCAUGCAAUUCUGUGGAUCGAAAAAGAAGCAGAGAAAGCUUUAGAAAUAAUGAAGGAGUGUUCCGCUGAGACGGUAACGAGUCCUCCAAGAGUGCAAAGACUCAAGAGGCUGCAGACCAUUGAAGAGGAACACAAGGAUGCUUUGGAAAGAGCUGUAACUCUUAAAGUGCCUCAUGCAGUAUCUUUCGACAAGGAUUCUUCAGAACAUGCUAACACUCGACAGCUUGAGGCGGAGAAUGCACAUUUAUCCAGUGAUAAGCCUACCGAAACUCAGCCAAAAUCAAGUGGUGGGAAAGCUAACUGGGAUCAAUUGGUAGAAAAUCUAUUCAAUAAACCGGAAGCUGGGCAAAUGCGUCUUCAAAGAGCGGAAGUUGCACAAGAAUCCCAAAACUCGUGAUCUUUUACCAUGUCGACUUUUUUGUGCAAGUUUGUAGAUUCUUUGGUGUAAAUUGCAAUUCCAUUGCCUCAAAUUGUAUUGUAUUGUAUUGUAUUAUUGAUGAGUGUAGAGUGUAGAGUGUAUAGUCUUAGUUAGAAAGCAAUGUGGUUGAUUUAUUUAUUCUUUUUGACAAGUAAUUGUCGUGUAUGGUGUCUAGAGGUGUUCAUUUGAGUCAUUAUGUCGAUUUUGGAUCAGGUGUUUCAGGUCAGUUUAAAAUCGGAUUUGUGUUAAUGUUCAUUUUUGCAUAAUUAUAAAUUUAUUUUUGAAGCCAA